AUGGAGCAGAAACGUGCCCGCCACGCUGCCAAGUUUGAGCUGAGCACAGAGUCGGAGUUGGAUCAAUCGGAAAGGCGUUCGAUGGCGCAUAUGAAAAGACUGCUGAAUUUCGAUUCCCUGGGAUUACGAGCGGAUGUGGCGGAAACGGCAACGUCGAAGCUAGGUUACAAGCGGCCGACCACCGUACAGGCGCUGUGCAUACCAGAAAUAUUGAAUAAUGACCAGGAUGGACCAAUCUUAUGCGCGGCAGAGACGGGUGGAGGCAAGACUGGAGCAUAUCUGCUGCCCAUCAUUCACACCUUGAAACAGCAAGAGGAGGAUGCGGUCCGUGCGGUUGCCGAGUCAGAAUCGGCGCUGGACAUUGUGGAGGCUAUGACGACCGAUGGCCAGGCUUUCAGCGCAACAGCGGGGCUAUCACAAAUUCGCAAACUCCGCAGACCCAGGGCGGUCAUUGUUGUGCCAUCUCGGGAGUUGGUGAUGCAAGUUACCGAGACUGCGAAAACCAUGUGUCACUCAGUUCGACUCCGUGUAGUCGGUGCUCACGCCGGGAUCACCAAGUCCGACAUGGAGGCCAAGAUCGUUAACGCGCCGGUCGAUCUGUUGGUCGCCACGCCGGGGUCGUUGAACUUCUUGCUCACAAAAGAAGGGUUUGCCUUUUCGCAAACCCGACUCCUUGUGAUUGACGAAGCCGACACGAUGACCGACGAAGAUUUCGGACCGGACCUGGAACGCAUCCUUCGAUUAUCCGAGGAACAGCGCACCAAGCAACACCAGCGCUGUCAAACCGUCUUUGUCUCCGCCACCGUGCCCGUCUCCUUAAUCCGCACUCUCGAACGCCAUUUCCCAACCUACCGCCGCAUCGCCACCCCCUCAGUGCACCGCACCGUCCCAGGCCUAACCCAACGUUUCGUCCGCAUCGAGAACGGCACAGUGAAGCAGACCAUGUUGCUCGACAUCCUCAAACGCGCGGUCCUGAUGGACGACCGCAUCAUCAUUUUUUGCAACACGCGCAAGAGCUGCGAGGCCGUGACGAAUUUGCUGCGGAGCAAGGAGUAUGACGUGCAGGACAUCUCGUCGAAUGUGCAUGUCAGUUUCAGGGCCAAGGCGUUGAAGCGGUUCGCGGCGGCCGUCGACCCGCUCGCGAGUCUCAAGGAGGUGGAGAAUGUUGAGCGGCAGACGAUCAACCGCGUGCCUAUCAUCCUCGUCGCGACGGAUAUUGCGUCCCGUGGACUGGACACGGUGAAUGUUGGGCAUGUGAUCUUGUAUGAUUUCCCGCAGACUGCGAUUGAUUACUUGCAUCGGGUGGGAAGGACUGCGAGGAAUGGGCGGUCGGGGAGGGCUACGAGUAUUGUGGCCAAGAAGGAUAUGGCGUUGGCGGAUAGCAUUGAGAGUAGUAUCAGGGGUCGAAUGAGCUUGGCGUAG